AAAACAACACACAGAAUCUUAUGACGUCAAUUAAAACGAUCGAAGAAAACAACCGAAUUUGAUUUCAUCUUGUAUUUUUAGCAAUCUUGAUCUUCGAUGAGUAACAAUCGGUAACAACGGUAACAACGGACAAGGCCACAGCGCCUUGCCACAACGGAGAGGUUUCAACACGGUAUAUCACGAGUAGUCCAGAGGUUUUAGCACUCAACCUCUGCUAUAAUGUCGAGUCCAGUCAGCUCUGAACAGACCAAGACCAAGAGGCCAUCAAGCAGCAAGUUUCGCCAGCAGCAACUGCCGGCCUGGCAACCGAUCCUCACUGCAGGCACGGUUCUGCCCACAUUCUUUGUCAUUGGCGUUGCCUUUAUCCCAGUAGGCAUUGCACUGCUGACCUUCUCUGGCAAUGUUCAGGAGGUGGUGAAGGAGUACACCCAGUGCAACAGCAUAGAUCCGGCACAUAACAAUGCCACCUGCGACGAGGUGCUGAGCAGCCCGAAUCACACAGCUGCUUCACCCUGCACGUGCCACAUCAAUUUCAACGUCACAGAGAGUCUCAAUGGCCGUGUGUACAUGUACUAUGGUCUGACCAACUUUUAUCAGAAUCACCGGCGUUACGUCAAGUCUCGCGAUGUCAACCAGCUCAUGGGCCAGACGGACUCGGCACUCUCCGACUGCAGUCCGUUCGCGACCGCCGAUAAGAAACCCAUCGCACCGUGCGGAGCCAUCGCCAACAGCCUCUUCAAUGACACCUUCGAGCUGAAGAUGCUGUCUUCUGCGGGCGCGGAGCUCGCCGUGCCUCUGGUGCGCACGGGAAUCGCCUGGCCGUCGGAUAAAAAGUACAAGUUUGAGAACCCUCCGGGCCCGCUGACCGCCGACGGCGCCUUCAAGAACACCGCGAAGCCGGUCAACUGGAAGCGCGCCGUGUACGAGCUGGACCCGGCGCACCCGGACAACAACGGUUACGAGAACGAGGACCUGAUCGUGUGGAUGCGCACUGCCGCGCUGCCCACCUUCCGCAAACUGUGGGCGCGCGUCAACGAGUCGGCCGAGACGUUCAAACACAGCCUGCCGGCCGGCGAGUACCGCAUCGUCGUCAGCUACGCCUACCCGGUGACGUCGUUCGGCGGCACCAAGCGCAUCAUCCUGUCCACCACGUCGCUGCUGGGCGGCAAGAACCCGUUCCUGGGCGUGGCGUACAUCGUGGUCGGCUGCAUCUGCCUGGUGCUUGGCGUGGCGUUCCUGAUCAUCCACGUCAAGUACGGCAAGCGGGGAACGGAUACCAUCACCAACCGCACCGACUGGUCCGGUCACUAAGGGCCCGUCCCCGACCGGCUGCACCCGCUGCAGGUGGGCCGUGACGACAGCGGCAGGGGCCAGUGACGUCACAGGUGGGCGGGGCUCACCGGUCCUGGCGGGGCUCCCCGGUUCUGAUAGCGGCUUAGGAAAGGGUGACCGAUAAGGAGCAGUUCCGGAGGAAAUGGUGGGUCUGUAAUCCAAGGAAGGGGGCACACUCAAUGGUUAUUGUAAGUAACGGCACGUCUGGUCUGAUGUGCUUGAUCAGAGGCGCUGAAAAAAUAGGUAAUGCUUCAGCGGUUGCCAUUAUUUGAAAGAACUUUACUGCGUAUGCACCGCCAAUUCUGGUUCUAAUUUGUCGUCGGUCCCUUUUACGUUACUAUAGUUCGUUUUUCUUAAGUUUGCCCCUCACUGUAAACGUCUUUUUGAACACAGCACGAGAAUUGCUAGCUGAAUUACUGAGAAAACUGGUUGGUGCACAUUGUAUUGGAUAUAUGAAUAAUAUUUUCAAAAUAAGUUUUGAACACAGACGAUGUAACGUUAAUGUUAAACGCUGUGCAAUUUAUUAAUUAGUUCAGACAUAAUUCCUGAGAAGUCGUCUAUCACUGUGGAGCCGUAGGUAUGGGUAAAUACGAGCUAUGAGUCUGUGAAAUAGUAAACAAAUUUGAUAAAAUUGAUCGUCUGUGAAAUCUGGUGAAAUCAAUGUGCGCCAACCAGUUUUCUCAGUAAUUCAGCUAGCAAUUCUCGUGCUGUGUUCAAAAAGACGUUUACAGUGAGGGGCAAACUUAAGAAAAACGAACUAUACGACGUUAUCAAAACCUAACUGAAACCGAGAAGUGCGCAUGUAUGCACGAGCCACUUAUUUCAUACUAUCGGUACGUGGGAUAUCACGUCACCGCUAAGAACUCGGCAGUUGCCAAUAUUGCUGUCAGUGCCAUCGCACGGAAAACCCUAGCCUCGGGCGGAUUUUGCCUGAACAUGUCCCCUGAAUCGCUGUCGCCCUCUAUUGCGAUGUGGCUGCACUAUCAGAACGCCGCAGUCUCACGCCACCUCGUAAUACCGAAGUCCCUGACGAAGGCAGAAGGUGUGAUCAAUGUUAUGAUAGGUUACACGGUUUAUCCGAGCUAUAUACAAUUGCUAGGAGUGUCGUCCCGUUCAUGAAUGUUCCGGUGUUGAUUGAAGCGUUCACGCACACUGCUAGAACUGCUUGUGAUUCGUACUAAGCGAGACACUGGGUUGUGAAGAGGCUUACAGCUGGGUUUACCUGGAUGGAAUUUAGUGAAUUUUCCUAUUUUAUCAGCUUUUUCUAGAAAGCAAUUAAAAGAGUCCAGUUUAUAUCGGUAGAACUCAGCCAAAAA